AUGGGACCAAGCAAGCCAACUGUGUCUGAUGCUACAUUUGCACUCACUACCCGGCUCUACAAGAAUGAAGCAAAGGCUUUACAAACGCAGCUCCAGUUUAACAGAAGUGUUCCUACAGUUCCAGAGAACUUGGCUCUCAGGUUCUCUAACCCGCGUCCAAUUAUAAUAGAAAAACUGAAGGCAUCCAGUGAUCAGAGAACUCUAUCUGGAAGUGAGGACCCCAGCAUAAGAAGCUCUGGCAUGUUUUCAGUGGUAUCUGAAGAGAGGCUAAAACUAGCUAUUCAACUAGCCAAAAGGGACAUAAAACGAAGACAUCUUGAAGACCAAGUGAAACAGAAGGUGUUUGGAGAUGCUGUCAAAAAAGUAUUGUUGGUCCAGAAGUCACAGCAGCGGAAGACUGAGGCAUUUGAAAGUCCAGAAAGUAAAGAUGCACUGAAGUCUCCGACUUGCUUGAAAUAUCAGCAGAAACUUGGUCAGCCUUCCAAAGUGGAGACUACAACCUCUGGUGCUAAAGUUUAUCUCUACACACCAACUAAGGGAAAGCUAAUACCAGCUAUUGUGGACUCACCACUCACCCAUGACAGAGGAGCAGACCCCAAGCCAACUGUGAACAAAAAAGAAGAUAAAAAUAUGCAGGAAGUCCGAAGGCUGCAAAAGGAAUUGAGGAGCUAUGUCCAGAAAAUUGAAGAGCUGUCUAAGAAAGGGAGACAGAGGGAAAUUUUAGAUCCUGAUGAAGAGCAACGAGUCUGUGCUAGGAGACAGAAACAAGCUGCACGGUCAGCUCGGGUGCUGUAUGUGCUCCAGCAACAGGUAAAAGAAAUACAGGAUGACUUAGAGAAAUUGAGUCCUCAUAAAAUCAAACAUCCUAAAAUGUCUCUAGCAGUAUCCAGAUUGGCAGCAGCACACAGAGGAGCUGUACGAGCCUUGCAGGCAUUUACCAAUCAGUUUGCAGAACAAACAGAGCAGCAGAUUCUUAUUCACCACAAGCAAUUGGCCAGUCUCAUACGACAACUGUCCCUGUGUUCUGCCAAACUAGGAGUGAAUUCUUCCCUUUCUGACAUCGUCAUAGAUAUUUUGCUGCAAGUUGAGGUUAUAGAUUCACUGCUGGAAAAGAAACAAACACCCAAAAAAGUGAAGAAAUGUAUUUCAUCAUCUCAGGGCAAAUCUCCAAGGAAUACUGAGACAUUUCCAGUCAGAAAGCAGCUUGCAUCUCCAAACGGAGAAAACAAACGUCUCAUCGUAAAGGGACAGCAUGGACACAAACCUAGAAAACCUCCAACUGCCCAGAGUCUCUUGACUGCAGUUCAGAAGGGAACCAGUUGUGCUCAUAUAUUGCACACUAAAUUCCGAGAAGAGAAUGACCCACCUACUCCAGACAGAAAUGCCACUUUACAAGGAAGCAUAGAUGCAUUGGUGAGAGUUAGACCUGUAAAAAAAGUUCCCAUCCUUGAAAGUGUCCCAUUGAAGAAGAAAGGUGUGUCAUUACCUGCAAAAUCACAGGGAAUGCAGAAAUCUCUCCAAUCAAGACAAGUACAUCCUAAAGGAAAGCAUACCCGAUUUCAAGAGACAAAGAUGGCUUUCCAGCUAAGAGAGAACAAACGGCUGGUCAAGGACAGAAGAACCUGCCUUCCUCCAAGCCCAGUGUGUCCACGUGAUCCACCUCAGCGACUAGCAACUCUUGAAGCAGAAACUUCAAGAAGAGCAAAGGUUCUAACUGUCCUUAGCAGUAAAGAAAUAAAAAAAAUACAGAAGUUAAGGUCACAAAGUGCUUCUCCAACACAGUGUGCAGACAAAUUUGAGAAGGAUGCAUGGGAGCCCCUGGAACCUCGUUUGGAUAUGACACAGCAGGUUGCAGCCAAUGCAGAUAUUCUGAGUGAAAAACUAUUGGAUGAUCUUUUGGAAGACACUGCUCAAGAGCUGUGGAGUAUGGAGCAGCAGGAGAGACUCCAGACAGAGGCUGUGCCCAUGGCUGACACUCAUAGUCUGGAGACAAUGUUGCAAAGAAUGGAAGAAAUUGAAAGAUACCAGGAGGCUGUACGCAGGAGAUUCAGCCAGAUCGUGUACAGUGAUUCAGACUUUUGGGCCCAGGAAGACAAAAUGGAGCGACAGAUUGCACCAGUAGCUGAAAUACCUGCAUCUCCUCAUCCAAUUCAGAUAACCAAAUUGAUUGGACACACAGAGCCAGAAGUGAACAUUUUAUUUGAAAAACUUGUUGGUGACAAUGAUAUUGAUAAAAACAAAGAAGCAGAGGAGAAACUGCAGACUGGAAAUUACAUUCUGGAGCCCUGGACUUGGAAUUCUCUACAUAAAGAGCGCUGUAUGUCUCUCACUGUGCCAAAGCAUAUGCUCCAGAACAUCUUGGAUUAUAAAAGCAGAUACAGCCAUCACUUAAAGCUUAUUUCCCAUGAAGCAGUCGGCAGUUUCAACCCAUGGCAGAUUGCUGAGAGUCUUGCGGAGCAACUAACGGAAGAAGCCCUGUGUGAUGUGGCAGCAGAGCUGCAGGAUGUUUGUGAGGAUUACGCAGAAGCUGUGUUUACAUCAGAGUUUUUGCAGCCAGUGCAGUAA